UUAACCAAACAGUAAAUGUGCCCGCUCCAACCAUCGACUUUUCCUGCAUUGCUAGCAGUUUACAGGCAGAGUCACCCAGGACAGUAGUAACCCACAGUCAUGGCAGACAUCAGUAAAACUGUGAGGGUCGAGCUGCACGCUCCAGAUCUCGAGGAGCUGCGCGGAGUAUUACAAGCAGGACUGGAGGACAACUUUGCAGAAGUUCAGGUGAGUGUUGUGGAGUGUCCAGAUCUCACCAAAGAACCGUUCCAGUUUCCUGUCAAAGGCCUGUGUGGAAGUCCUCGUAUCACUGAUGUUGGUGGUGUACCGUACCUGGUUCCCGUGGUUCAAAAGCACAAGGAAUACAACAUGAACACUAUAUCUAAAGAGCUGGAGCUACCGGGAGCUUUCAUCCUGGGUGCAGCAGCUGCUCCCUCCAGGAUCGUCGGGAUGAAUGCAGAGCUGAUGCCUCUGGUCCUGACAGAAGCGGAGGGAAGGCCUGUAGUGAACAGCAGUUACUUCUCCUCCAUCAAUCCGGCUGAUGGUCAGUGUCUCCAGGAAAAAUACAGUGACAGAUUCUCUGACUGCAACUUUGGACUGCUGGGAAAUCUGUAUGCUUGUGAAGGGAAGUCUGGAAAGGUCAUAGAGGUGCGGGCCAAGAAGAGGACAGGAGGCCACAGUCUGGUGACGGCCCUGAGGAAGACUCUUGAAGGGCGCUACCCUGAGAAGAGCCUGGCUCUGGGAGGCACCUUUGUCAUCCAGAAAGGGAAAGCUAAAAUCCACAUCAUGCCAAGAGAGUUCUCGGUCUGCCCCCUCAACACCAACGAUGAGGUCAACAACUGGCUCAAGCACUUUGAGGUCAGCGCUCCGCUCAUCUGCCAGUCAGUGCUCGUGUCCAGAGAUCCCGGUUUGGACCUGCGGGUGGAGCACACCCACUGCUUCAGCCACCACGGAGAAGGUGGCCACUACUACAUAGACACCACUCCUGACAGUGUGGAGUACUUGGGCUACUUCAUGCCGGCAGAGUUUAUCUACCGCAUCGACAGGCCCAAAGAGACGCACGGAGUGGGACGAGACUGAAAAACUGAAUGAAUUCAUCAAUCAUGUUGUCGGCAUAGUAUCAAAUCCAUCAAACAGUAUGGGAUUUAUAAUAGGUUCUGUAUAUUAUAAUACUCCACAAGUGAUUUCAAUUAUACAAAUUGAUUAGUCAGAAUUACUUUUAAAUUUUCUUAUAAAAACAAUCACUGCAGUUCAUGAAAUAAAAACGUCAAAAGUG